UUUUUUUUUUCUUGAGUGUGCACAUACCCGCCACCCCACCCCCACACUUUCUCGGAGUUCGUUUUUACCCCAUCACUCCCUCACUGCGUUGGCCUGGAAAGGAAUAGGAGAGCAAGAAGAGAGGAUUUGUUGAACCGAGGAGAGAGACCGACAGGGGAGAAGGACCAUGGCUUCUCUCUCGGUCAUGCUGAAGUCCUGGGUAAUACUGCAGACACUGUGCCUGGUUCUGGCCCAAGUGAGGGGUCCACCUGGUCCUCAGGGCCAGGCAGGCCCACCAGGACCUUCUGGCACUCCUGGGUCGGACGGCAUUGAUGGAGACAAAGGUCCACCUGGUCCCCCUGGUCCACCAGGACAAAAGGGAGAGCCAGGAGAGCCAGGUCCUGAUGGUGCUCCGGGAGAGAACGGCAUUGAUGGUUUGAUUGGCGCAAAGGGCGAUCGAGGUGCCGUGGGAAGCCCUGGCCCAAAGGGUCAGCCUGGGUUAAGUGGUGAGCCUGGCAGACCUGGACCGGGCCUCCCAGGACUCGCAGGGGCUCCGGGGCCAAUUGGGCUUCCUGGUGAAAUCGGACCAACCGGACCAAAGGGUUUGAUGGGACCGCCUGGGCCUCCAGGGCUUCCUGGGCCAUCAGGCAAGCCAGGCCCACCAGGGAAGUUCAUUGGUGGAGAAGAAGGAAGUGCCGACUUCCAGUGUCCUCUGAACUGUCCAGCAGGACCUAAGGGCCCGCAGGGACUUCAGGGAGUCAAAGGUCACAAAGGACGACCCGGUGUUCUCGGAGACUCCGGCAGUAUUGGAAAACAGGGAAUCAAAGGAGAAGUGGGCCUCUCUGGAGAGCAAGGCAUUCCGGGACCUUCGGGUCCAAUGGGUGUGAGAGGUUAUCCAGGAAUGAUGGGUCCAAAAGGAGAGGCGGGACCUCGUGGUUACAAGGGCAUCAACGGACCUGUAGGGAUACCCGGACCUCCGGGUGAGGAGGGUCCUCAGGGUUCGCCCGGAGAGGCAGGAGACAAGGGGGAUAAAGGCAGCCGUGGUAUCCAGGGCCCACAGGGUGCAGUUGGCAAGAAAGGAGACAAUGGCCUGCCUGGCAUCGAUGGAAAAGACGGCACACCGGGCAUUCCGGGAAUCAAAGGUGGACCCGGCCAAGCUGGGAUGCCAGGUCCUCCUGGGCCUCAGGGAACAGCGGGAUUGCCCGGUAGUCCCGGUGCCAAGGGUGGCCCUGGAGUUAAGGGAGAGCCUGGACCCAGGGGUCUUGCUGGCUUACCUGGCGCUCCUGGACCUCUGGGCGAGCCUGGCGUUCCUGGUGAAGCUGGUAUGGCAGGAGUUCCUGGUCCCAAGGGAGACAGAGGUCAGCGCGGACCAGUGGGCCCUCAAGGAAUCGUCGGGAAGUCUGGAGGCAAAGGAGAGAGAGGGCCAAUGGGUGUUCCAGGUGCUCAGGGCCUGAGUGGAACCACAGGAGACAAGGGAUUCCAAGGGAAAGGCGGGGCAAAGGGAGACAUCGGUGACCCAGGUGUUGAGGGAUUAGCUGGCGAGAAAGGCGAAAAGGGUUUGUCUGGAGAACCUGGACCUAAAGGACAGCAAGGAGUGAGGGGCGACCCCGGACACAACGGUCCAACGGGAAACCCCGGGAAACCGGGUGACCAGGGACCUGCUGGACUACCUGGUCCCAGAGGACUGAACGGAGUGCGAGGUGUGCCUGGCAUGCCGGGCAUUCAGGGGUCGCCGGGACGGGACGCAUCUGACCAGCACAUUAUUGAAGUUGUGCUGAAGAUGUUGCAAGAGAAACUAGCGGCAGUGGCCAUGAGUGCCAAGAGGGCUGUGCUUGGUGGAGCUGGUGUUAUGGGACCCCCUGGCCCUCCUGGACCUCCGGGACCACCUGGCCCCCAGGGAGCUCACGGUCUACCUGGUUCGAGGGGCAUUCCUGGCAUGAUUGGAGCUCCCGGACAGAUUGGAAACACAGGCCUUAAAGGAAAGAGAGGGGCUCAGGGUGACAGAGGAGAUCCUGGCAAACCCCACGGGGGGCAAGGGGGGUGGGGGGGCUGCUCUCGUCCUCCCGGUGUUGACGGCGUGGCUCGAAACGGCAAGCCUGGCGAGAGAGGCCCUCAGGGAGCAGCCGGCGAAGCCGGCCGUCCCGGUAAGGCGGGUCCGCAAGGCCUCCCGGGCUUUUGCGAGGCCGCAAUGUGUCUGGCCGCGUCGGCGUACACCUCUCCGAGACUACAGGAGGCGGGAACCAUCAAAGGACCCAACAUUUAGAAUUUUCUCUCCGUUCACCAAGUUCAUGACAAUGGGGAGGGAGAGAAGGACAGAGACCACUCUUCUCACUUGAACACCAUAAGCAAAGGGGUGGGGGGGGAGUACGUUGACAGGAUGUACACCCUCCCCCCCUUCCCCCUCCCUUUUUUGAGAUAGACAACCCGAUGGGAGUUCUCUCUCCUUAAUCCCUGACAUCACAAUGACAACAGCAGGUCACAGCCACCCACAUCCAUCUGAAUUCUUCUCGGGAACACGUGCAUCUCCGUGAGAUGAGAGGACUUGACGGCAAAGUAGAAAGUACGUUGGCGCCACGGUUUUAUAGAUGUAAUAUGUUGCGAUUAGUUAGUUAAAACAUCCUGCCUCUCAUGCGAAAUCACAUCUGGCAAAUAAAUGCCUCGGAAGGGG